UUCUGCCAAUCAAAAGUUACAGUCCAAUUGAGACCUCUUCUUGUGUAUUUGUAGUAACACUAGUAAGUGAUCGAGAAAAACGCGAUCAAGUGAGCCGUGUGUAUAUUAACCUAACCUAUUAAACAUACUUUUCGUUAAGAAAUACAUUUAGAGUUUACGUACAAUAUGUAUGUACGUGACAAUCGAUAAAGCAAGCAGCUUUAUACAUUCAAUAUUUUUUGCAUCACAAGAGAUAAGGGGCUUUUAGUUUAGACUAGCGAGGAGUAUUCAUUGUUCUUAAUUUAACAAUUUCUAGCGAAAAGACAUUUAUUCGAACAAUAUUUCCGUGUGUAUCCGUCGAAUAAACGUAUGUAGAAGAAAAAAGACAAAGGAAGGUAGUGCAUGGCUGAACGAAGAAAGAAAUUUCAAGUAUGUACUGAGAGAAAAAAGAAAAUGAUAUUAAAGAAUUGCAAUUGAACAUUACAACGAGGUGUUGAUGCGCAAUCGACAAAGUUAAUCGGACGCCAUCUCGUGUUAUGCGAAGGUAUCAUCUAAAAUCAGUAGUUUUCCAGUUCAGAUUCGACAUUCGCUUAAACGCAAUCAAGUAGAGGAAGAGUUGUGACGGACAACGGCAGUUCGCAACGAUAGUCAGAAAUAGGUAAGAGGAGCAAGGAGGACACGUAAAGCAUGGCGGAAGCCGUUGUAGACGGGGCACCAAUGUCCCGAUUUUUCUGUCACAAAUGCAGUAUCGAAAUCGAAGGUUUACUACCCGAUUAUACAUGUCCAAGAUGUGCGAGUGGUUUCAUAGAGGAAUUACAAAGUGGUAGCAAUGAUAGUAACUCGGGCAUGGAUGUCAGCAGCGAAGAUUUAAGUGACAACGAUUACAUACCAUUGCACAAUUUGGUAGAACGUGGUGUAAUGGAUAUGUUAGGACUAUCCAAUAGAGGACAGACAUCAGACACUCCUAACAGAAAUAAUGUACCAAUCAAUUUGAAUAAUGUUAAUAGGAGACGUCUUAAUUGGUUUCCAAGUACUGCAGACACUCGUCAUCCUCAAAGCGGUCGUGGAAGACAAGAUGACGCUAUGUCUGUAGAGAAUUUCAUACAAGAUUUCCUACUUACUCUCUCGGGAGCAGGUCUGGGUCAUCCUGUAACACAAGAUGGACAACCACCUGUAUUCAAUAUUAGACUGUUCUUGGCAAAUCCUGGAGAUUAUGUUUGGGGUCAAGAUGGUUUCGAUGCGAUUGUAACACAGAUGUUAAAUCAAAUGGAUGGAACUGGUCCACCACCGUUGCCGAGAAAACAAAUUGAUGAAAUACCAACUACUGCUGUAACUCAAAAUCAAGUUGAUAGUAAACUCCAAUGUUCUGUAUGCUGGGAGGACUUCAAACUUUCAGAACCAGUGAGACAACUUCCCUGUCAACAUUUGUAUCAUGCACCGUGUAUUGUACCUUGGUUAGAAUUGCAUGGAACUUGUCCUAUUUGUAGGCAAAGCUUAGGAGAUCAAACCUCUGCAGAAGCAAAUCAAGAUACUGUUGGACCUAGCUUAGCUGCCCUUUUUAGAGCAGCCAAUGAAUCAAGCAGUACUAGAUCGUCAUCGACAUCGUAUUCGGGUAGAAAUAACUCCAGUGAUAGUUGAAUGAGUGAGAGUUCAGAUUGAUUAUCCAAUCCUAACAUUUUCUUUACCUAGCCGGACACGCAAGUACACACACAUACAGAAACACACAGACAUAUUUUUCACCUCGGAUUUAUUUUCCGCCACUGUUAAUUUCAGCAUUGCUUAUAUACUACGUGAAUAUUGUAUCCCGAUGCUAAUAUAAAUUUCAAGCUUUAUACCUUAC